AGUUCGGCAGAAUUAGAACGGUUACACUACCUCUAAUUUCCGCGUAAAAAGUUAAUAGACACCAUGACGACUGCCUUUGAUGCUGCACACACGGAGGGACCCGGAUUCGUGGGCAUUCGUUUCUGCCAGGAGUGCAACAACAUGUUGUAUCCCAAGGAGGACAAGGAGAAUAAGAUCCUGCUGUACGCCUGCCGGAAUUGCGAUUACAAGCAGGAGGCGGAUUCCAAUUGCAUCUACGUGAACAAGAUCAUGCACGAAAUCGACGAACUGACGCACAUUGUGCCGGACGUGAUAUCGGAUCCCACGUUGCCGCGCACGGAGGACCACGCGUGUCCCAAGUGCUCCCACCGGGAGGCGGUCUUUUUCCAGGCACAAACACGUCGCGCCGAGGAGGAGAUGAGACUGUACUACGUCUGCACCAACCAGAACUGCACCCACCGAUGGACAGAGUAGGUGCGGAUGUUGUGCCCACCGCCUGUAAUUGUAGCCCUAAGUAAUAAAACCAAUAUAGCGACACUUUGCAAUCGUAAA